AUGUCUUCACCUGGCUCUAAGUUGAUUGGUUAUAACUAUAGAAGUCAAAUAGUCCCACCAAAAGGCUAUAAAUAUGUUGCAAUUGACAUCUUUGAUGGGAAGUCAACUAUUCUAGAUUCAUACAAUUCCCAUUUGGUCAGUCCAUUCAUGUUGAGAAAUGCAAUUAAUAAAUUAGAGAUCUUACAAGUUCGUCAUAUAAUUACUGCUUCAAGUGUUUUUUUCAAACAAUUAGGGAUUGAACAUUUCCAACUAGCUUCAACUUUCUCCAAUGAAGUUAGAUAUUUGGUUGAAGAAAAGGAUGAAUCUAAAGCUUUAAAGGUUUUAGAAAAUGCUAAAAAUUUGUUGAUGCUAGCAAUGUCUGCAGAAUUGCAAACUUUAUCUAAACAUGGAAAUGAUGAUUAUGAAGUUCAACCUUUCGAAAUUGACCCAAUAGAAGUUGAAAAUCAAGACCCUACACUUUUAUUCAAACAAUUUUCGGAUCUAUACACUACUCAGGAAGAAACAAUUGCUAGUAUGGGUCCGAAACCACGUAUGUUUUAUAGAUGA